AUGGACAGCUACAGCGUGCAGGACGGUUUCUGGCAUCUCAAAGAGAUGCUGCUGGCCGACCAAGGCAAGAGCGAGAUCUCAGCGCUAAAAUUGCACGACCACUGGGCCUGGAUUAUCGAGGAAUUCAGCAAGCGCAGCUUCACAAUCAUAAAAGACAAUUUCCCCACGCUAGCCGGCGUGGCUCAGAUGUUCACCCCAAAGCAGGCAUUGGGCACGUAUCUCUACGGAUUGUGGGAGGAUAAGUUCCACCGCCAUCUGCUGUGGUUCUGCAUUCGAGAUGGCCCUGUAGAAACCACCCAUCGCAGAAGUGUCGGUGCCAGCGCUCCCACAUGGUCCUGGGCGUCCAUCGAUGGGCCGGUGGGGAAUCCGGCCAUCAACAGAGCGACACAAAGCUCUGCUGAAGGCUUCCGGUUGCUGGAUGAAUGGGGUAGUGAGGGUUUGCUGACUCACAAGAUUCUUAGAACUGAAUCGGUCAUCUGUGAAAGGGAAGGGCAGACAGCAUUUUUUGGCUCGGUCAUCAAAGCCGAGAUCGAAGCUAGCGGGAUACUGAAACCUGUGAAGCGUAGAGAGUAG